CGGCUAGCGCAAUAGAAGGGAUGAUGCAGCGAAAGUGGCCUCGUGAGUGGGGGCCGGUCCUCGAAGGGCCACCCCACGUAUAUAACGGCCGGCGCCUUCCAUGGUAGUCACUGUCGAGUUUGACUUCUCCCUGACAACAGUCGACAAUGAAGUUCUUGGUGUGCGUCCUUUUGGUGGCGGCCAUUGCCCGUGCCGACGAGGCGGCUAAGGAUGAGGACAAGAAGACCGAAAAGCGCGGCAUCUACGGCUCCGGCUUCGGAUACGGCGGCGGCUAUGGCUCAUACGGAGGCGGCUACGGAGGCGGCUACGGGGGCGGUUACGGUGGACUCGGCGGCUACGGCGGCGGCCUCGGCGGCGGCUACGGCCACGCCGAGCACGGCCACAUCAAGGCUGUGACCAUCACCAAGGAGGUGCCCUACGCUGUUCCCCACCCCUAUCCCGUUCCCGUUGUGAAGAAGGUGCCCGUGCCCGUGCCCCACCCUGUGGCCGUGCACGUUGACAAGCCCUACCCCGUCCACGUGCCCGUCAAGGUUCCCGUGCAGGUCAUCAAGCACGUGCCCUACCCCGUGGAGAAGCCCGUGCCCUACCCCGUGCACGUCCCGGUCAAGGUGCCCGUCCACCACCCCGUGCCCUACCCCGUGGCUAAGCCCGUGCCCUACCCCGUGCACGUGCCCGUGAAGGUGCCCGUGCCCCAGCCGUACGCCGUGCCCAAGCCCGUGCCCGUCUACGUCAAGUCCCACGACUACCACCACCACGGUGACUACCACUACUAGAGCGAAGCAACCCCGAGGCGGCCGUCAGGUGGACCCUAGAGUGUCCGACCUACGGCCGAGCUCCUGCUUCCGACGCACACCAAACACCUCACUCUCAUCCUCUAGUUCACUAUUUUUGUAACUGACUUUGUAUACUCGUGACUGUUUUAUAUGUGAGAAAAUAUAAAUUUUUAUGAAAAUAAAUAACAAAAUAAAAAUAUA